UCUUUCUAUAGGAAGCUGUGACACAGUCUCUUCUAGAAUUAGGGGCAUGUUAUCUUCUGUGAAGGAUAAAGGUGUAUGAGCUAGGAGUGAAUAAGGAGGGGAUGGGAAACCUGUGAUGGAUGAUGUUAAUAAAAUUUUACCAACUUGGAGAAUGUAUAUUGAGGGGCAUUGAGGUAUCUGAGCCACUCAAUGAGCCACUGAGCUUAUUAAGGUAUCUGGUAUAUGUGAGAGAAGACUUUGUUCAGUCUGAGAAACCUAAAGGGAAAAAAGAAGAAACUGAAGUGGCAGAACCUAGGAUUAUAAAUAUUCAAUAAUCCAAGAUGUCUUUUAAGUGCUGGGAUAUCACGAGAACGUCAACAUCACCCAGACUUAUUCCCAAGUGGAAGGACUUGAAACCCCUCUUAAAGGAUAUCCUGAAGGAUAAACAGGUUGAUGAAAAAACAGAGGGUGAUGUGAACAUGCUGAGUGACUGGGCUGAGAUUCUAUGCCAAGAGUCUCACCAUCCUGAGAGCAAAACUUUCAUCUGCUUCUACUCCAUUGAUGACAACUAUUUUGUCUCCUUAAACUGGGCAGAACUGUAUUCAAAACAAAUGCAGGCAGUACUCUGGAUUCAGAAGAAAGCUGCAGAAAUGGAAGGAGUGAUAAAAAAGAUAAAGUUCCAUGUGAUGGCUCAAGUGCCACCCAUCCAAGCAAUGGUCCACACAGGUCCCUAUCACAUGUUAAUUGCUUACUGUGAUGACAUGCGCCUGUGGCUCUUUGGGGAUCACCAUCAAGGGUUCAUAUCUCUGGGUAUGGUCCCCUGUCGUUUCUCCAUCAGCUGCCUCAGCUAUGACUCAGAAACUGAGAUGCUUCUCUCUGGUACCCUGGGGGCUGUGGUCACCUGGUUUAUCUUGCCGAACGGCAGGGGCCUGCAAAUGGCCCAAACUGUGCCUAUGCCUGGUGGUGAGCUUGUUCAGGGCUUUUCCCUGAAUGCCCCCCGGGGCUCCCUGCUGGCUCACUGUGAAAAUAAGGUGAGAGUCUUCACCCACCAAGGUCAGGGCCAACUGGAAGAGGUGAAGAAGUUCACUCCCAUCAACAGUGGCUCCACCAUCACCUGCUCCUUCACUUGUUUAUCUCAGGGCUACUUCUAUGUUGGAAACAAGGACGGAGAAAUCCAUGCUUGGGGUCUAGACCGAGGUAACUUCCUCCACAGCUUCCAGGCUCAUUCCUCAUCAGUGAUGUGUAUCCAAAGCCGGUCCGAGACCUACACCUUACUAACAGCGGGCAGUGAAGGUGUAGUGAAGGAAUGGAACCUCGCCUUUGGGAACUUGCUGCGGCAGCUGGAUAUUGAUAAGAACAUGCAGAGACUGCAGUUCAUUGAUAACAGCACCUUUUUCUGCCAGACUAACCACACUGUCUCAUUGUAUCACCUGCCCUACUUUUAUAGCCUCUUCAAUAUCUGUGGUUCUGCUCCCCAGGAGGUGCGGCGGGUCUGCUGUGGCCAUAAUUGGACUCGGAUCCUAUGUGCCACUAAGGACGGUCUGUUGCGCUUCUUGUCUCCAGUAACGGGAGAUCUCCUGGUUAUCACCUGGCCUCUACUUAUCAUGGAUAAGGCUGUGGCUUGGGCCUAUGACUCACACAGAGAGGAGCUCUUUGUGGCAACAGAUAGUUCAGGGGUGCUGGUGUUUGAUGCAACACGCUCUCCUUGCACAGCCAAGUAUCUUAUGUGUCCUUCAGUAAGCCUUGGGGAUAGAGUCAAAUGCCUGGCCUAUGGGCAGUACCAUUUGGGUAAGGGCCUUGUAGGACUGAUGUUCAGUGGGCAUGACAGUGGCACUGUGAGAAUCCUCUCCCACUACAGUUGUGCCCGAGCAGAAAAGAUUCUUCACUCUGGGGCAGUCCUGGCAUUGUCUACCCUGGAGGGUCCCCAAGAGUACUCCUUGCUCUGUUCCUAUGGCAUGGAUAAUACUGUAUAUCUGACAGAAGCUGUUCUGCAGGGGGACAGGGUAGUCCUGAAGCCUGUCAGCAAAAUUCUCUGUAUUUGCCCCCUAAAACACGUGAUACUCUUGCCAGGUUCUGUGGGUGCCAUCACUGAGAACCACCACUGGCAUCUCUGGAGUUAUCAGGACUUUCUGACAUCUCCAGGAUCAAAGCAGAGAUCUGAGUUUAAAGAGACAAAAUGCCUGCACCAGUGUGCCAUCACUUCAUUUGAUGUUUGCCUUUCCCUGAAACUUUUUGUCACAGGGGACACUAACGGCUCAGUCCGGAUCUGGGACUUCCAUGGGAAACUCAUAACCGAGUUGGACUCUGCAUUACAUUUUGGCCCACUGUGCUUUGCCAAUAACCGGGGUGACCUGCUUUUGACUUUUAACCAGAGUCUUUACCUGGUAUCCUGCUUAAAACUGCUCCCUCCAGCCCAGCUGAUUCACCUAACUCUCCUGAACAAUGCAGAUGACAUACAAGAAGCCCCUAAACCCUUCCUGCCUAGCUUCUUCUUUUCAUUCGAAAAAGUAUUUGUGCCCAAAUUUGUCUACUUUGGUCAAGGGUCGCAGGAAUUACAGGGGCUAGAGGCCCUUGUUAACAAACGGAUGAUUGCCUUUGACCAUACUGUGCCCCAUGUUGUGGAGGAAGAGAGGCCUAAGUCCUCUGUGAUGCAGGAGGGACCCACAUUGCAUUUUUUGGAAGAUAAGUAUACUGAUUUUCCUACUCUGACUCCCAAGCGUGAUCGUCCCCCAUUCGUGGUUCCUUCUCAGUUGCGACUGGCCAGCUGGGAUGGGUUGAGACCCUACCAGAUAUUAUGUCAUUUCUUUGGUCAAGGGCGACCUUGGCCCUUUCCUCCGGAUGGCUACAUCCCCAACUCAGUGAUCCGUGCCCGUCUUUGGCCUGAGGGUACCCCCAUCUUCUUGCACUGUGAUCUCCACCUAUCCUACCAAGAUAAGGACUGGGACAUGACUGGACUCAGCAGAAGUCAGGCACUGUCACAUGUGACUUCAAUAAAACAGAAAAUCUCAAAGAGGAAGCCAGACCAAAAACCCAUGCUGGGGAAACAAACUUUCUUUGAUAUUCUUGUAAACUUGACCAGUCAAAAUUGGAUGGGAAGAAAACUGGAUGAAGGACUUAUCAAUAUUAUAAUUGAGACUAUCCUCAACCUCACAGUUUACUGUUCUAUAGAGCAAUACAAGACAUAUGUCAGUAUCCUGGCACAGAUUUUUGCCUCCCAUCAAGUAUCUCCAAGGUUGCACUCUGAGACUGCUUGUCGCCUCAUGGAAGACACAACUCAUUCCAAUCCAGAGGUCCGGGAGACAGCCUGGGAGGGAUUGGAGAAGCUAGGCUUCAUGAGCCGUCUCUUUGCGAUUCCCCUGGCUGUGGGAUUGAUGGACAGUGACAAAAAUGUGCGGGCUAAGGCCUUAUACCUUAUGGUAAGAGUCACGGGCAUCCAAACUAAGAGCCUGCUGAUAGCUCUGCUGAAGAGACGAGACACUCUCAAGGAAAUGCAGCAUGACUUUAUUGGAGAAAUCUCUCUGGACCAGCUGCUGGGAAUUCAAGCUAGUGGUAUCCAGUACCUGCUUACUCAGGUGGAACAGCGGUUAAAUGAGAACCUGACCCUGUCACAUAGAGAGGAGAAACCUCCUUUGGUUUUAGUUAUAUCAAGGGAUCAUGAACCUGAGGUCCCUGAUGAACAAACACUCAAAAUUUGGUCAGAACCUGCAAAGAUCGCCAAACCAAAGCAAAGAAUGACACAUGUUGUUACAGCAAAGAGCAAAAAUCUCAUUAAAAAGGACAUGAAAGUUUCUAGGAAGCAGGGAGAGACAGAAUUGAGCCCUGUGUUGGUGACUUUAGAGCAUGAAGAUGAACAGAGAGAAGCCAAGGAAUCAGAUCAAAUUGACAUUCAGGAUGUUGCCUCAGAGCCAGACCUGUCACUAAGUACUUUCAGCCCAGUCACAUCCAAAGAGGAUGCUGAAUCAAAGGAGGUUGUGUUGGAGGCCACAGAAGUCACAGAACCCACAAAAGCCUUGGAGAUCAAAAAAGCAGUGAAGGCCAGAGAGGCAGUGGAGGCCAUGGGAGUUAUGAAGGCCAUAGAUCAACAGGACAUGAGAGAUUAUGGAAAAGUGAUCCCUAAGGUGCAGAGACAAGAAAACCUGAAAAGGCUUUGGGAAAGAGCAAUGAAAAAAAGCCAUGACAAAGUAAGGGUGAAGUUGAAAGAGAAGAGAAAAUUGAAGGUAAUUCCAGAAACAACUGCAGAAGAGCCCAAGAAAGAGGUUAUACAGGUUGCUGAGCAAGAAGAAGAUGCAACAAAAGUAUUUAGAAAGGGUGGUCGUGGUUUGUCUGGGAUGCCUGGCCGCACAACCAAAUCAGAAGCCAUAUCUUGGCGGGAUGACAUUUGCAAUCUUGUGACCUCAAGGAUAGCAAGUUCUGAUCCACGAAUGUUAAGGGAUCUGAGUCAAGAGUUGGUGAACUGGGCUCAGGCAAUACUUGCUCCCCAAGAGCCCAGCUGGGAUCUCUUCCAGGAGAUUUGUCCUCUUUUAAAGGACUCAUCAGAACUGGAUGACAUGGAGAUGGAAGAAACACCUGUUGUAACAGAAGUGGUUACAGAGGUUGUCAAGGAAGAAAAGACAGUAGGACCCAGAGAACAAGAAGAACAAAGAGCUAAAAAAAUGAUAAAGAAAGGCAAGGUGUCUUCUAAAGUCAAGAAAAAGAAACUUGUUUACUUAGAUGAUGACGAAGUAUCAGACAAAAUGAGAUUCCAAAAAGUAAAGACACUAGCUAUGCAAAAAGGGAAAAUAACUGGGGAAGCAAGAAAACUGAGUAAGCAGGAUUUGAAAUUAAUGCAAGGAAAAGAGAAACUGACCGAGGACAAGAAACCAAUCCUUCAAAAAGAAAAAAGAGCUGAGGACGAAGAAAUAUCACCCAUCUCACAGAAGAAGUUAACCAAGGCAGAGCAGAAGUUAGUCCAAAGAGAAAAGAAGGGAACUGGGAAAGAAGAGGAACUACUAGGUAAAGGAAAGAGGAUGAACUGGAAAGGGGGAAAGGUCACCCCGGGACAAAGAACAUGGUACUGGGAGAAGGUUACACUGGAUCACAAAGAAGGCAGGCAGGCCCAGGAAGAAGGGUUGCCUGUCUGGGAAGAGAGGAAGUUGCUCCAUGAAGAGGAGGAGCUGAUGGAGGAAGAGGAGGAGCUGAUGGAGGAAGAGGAGGAGUUGAGUGAGGAAGACGGGGAGCUGAGUGAAGAAGAUGAAGAGCUGAGAAAGGAAUUGGAGGUGCUGGGUGAGGAAAUGGAGAAGCUGAUUGAGGCACUGGAGGAGCUCAAUGAGGAACUGGGGGAGCUGGGUGAGGAAGAGGAGGAGCUGGCCCAGGAGAAGGAGGAAAUAAUCCAGCACCUAGAGAAACAAAUUGAAAAAAUGAUGAAAAACUAUCGCAAAAUAAAGAAACAUAUGGGGGAAAUGGAGAAACAUGAUGAGGAAGAGGCCUGGGAAAGAGAAAAAUUGGCCCAGGAAGAGGAACAUUUGUCUAAAGUAGAGGAAAGACUGUCUGGGAAAAAGGGAAAACGGACAUUAAAAAGACACAGCUCGGUAAAUCGAGAGAUGAAAUUGAUCCGAGAAAAGAAGAAAUCGUUCAUGAUAGAGAAGAAAGAGGCCCAUAAAGAGAAACAAAUCCAAGAAAAGGAAAAGCCAGUUGAGAAACUGAAGAAAGUAGACGAGAAGGAGAGGCAGGCUAAGGAAAAGGAGGAAGAUGCCAAGGACAAACAAUUAGUCAGGAAAAGACAGAAACUAGGCCAAAAAGAGGAGGAACUGUUUGGAGAAAAGGAGAAACUGUCACAACAAGAAGUUAAACAGAUCCAGAAAAGGGCAAGCAAAGCUUGGGAAAAGGAGGGAGGGGCCCAGAAAGUGGGGAAAAUGACCAAGAAAAAGAGACGACAGAUCUCAGGGGAAAAAGUGGACCUAGGAGAGAAGGGAGAGGCUGGGGAAAUGGAGAAACUGUCACUGAAAGGAGAAAAACAGGCCCAGGAAGGAAAGAGAUGGGAUCAGAAAAAGGAAAAAUUGACUCCAAAAGUAGAGAAAGCAGCAGAGGAAAAAACCCAACUGGUCAGAGAAAAAAUGAAACUGGUCUCAAAAGAGAAAAGUAGACAGAAAAUUGAGAAAGUGUCCCCAAAAGAAGAGAAAUGGGUCAUGGAAAAAGAGAAGAAAGCUAUGAAAGAAGAGAAAUGGGUCAUGGAAAAAGAGAAGAAAAUCAGCAAGGAAAAAAAACAAUGGGCCUGGAGAAAAGAGAAAUUGUCCCGAGAAGAGAAGAAACAAGCCAGUGAAAUGGAGAAAAAGUCCCAGCAAAGACAGGCAAGGGCUUUGGAGAAAAGACUGACUCAAAAAAACAGUAUUCUGGGCAAGGAAGAGAGGCAUAUUGCCGAGAAAGAAGGGGCAAUAGCCAGGGAAGGAACUGGUGUAACUAAGAGAAAGAAAAAAGCAACUCAAGAAGAGAAAGAGUUUCUUGAGGGGAAACUGGCCUGUGACGUUAGGGCCAAGGAGAUGGGUGUUGCUAAGGAAGAAAAGAAAAGAAUCCAAGAGGAGAGUAUACAGGAAAUGAGGAAACCGGAUAUGGGGGUGGGGAUUAGUUCUGAAGGAAGAGAGACUAGUUCCAGAGAAAAAGAUAUGAGGAAGAAAGAGAGUCACCUGAUGCAGAUCCUGGCUAAAAUAAUUAGAGAAAUGAGUAGAGUGCCAUUAAAAGAAACAGGAAUACCUGAGGAAGAUCAAUUGGUUUCUAUGGAAAUGAGUGAAACUGAUGGCCAGAGGUGGGAAUUUUCUAAAGAACUGGAGGAAAUAACCAGAGAAGAGAAGCAGCUGGUUCAGAAAGAGAGAAAACUAGAAGACGACAGACUAGCUACUGAACAGAGAAUACUGACCGAUGAAGAGAGCUUGGAGGAAGACCAAAGGUUAUUAGAGAAGGUCCAGGAAAAUAUACUAUUAGAUAAAACCCAGGUAGAUAGUAUGCUAAAGGAGGCCCAGCAGCAAAAUCUGUUAGGAAAAAAGCAGCUGAAGAAGCUUCUAAAGAUAAUCAAGGAGAAGAAACCAGAAAAGACCCAGGUAAAGUGGUUAUUAGAGAAUAUCAGAGACAUACUAUUCGAAGGCUUAUCAGACAGUUUGAUUGAGAAGGAAGUGGAAGCUCCAACUAAGAAGAGGAUAGACGAGGAGAGGGUCAUUGAAGGAGAGGAGGAGGAGGAGAUUCUGCCCAAGAAAGAGAAAGGGAAAGACCUGAUGAAGAAGAAGGAAAAGAAAGUAAGCCUGAGUAAAGAGAAAUUGGAGGAGAGCUUGGCUGGGAAGCAUAAGAAAAAGAGUUCAACCCAAAUAAGGAAAAAGGAAAAGAAACUGACUCAGGAGAAAGAGAAGCUGAAGAAGGAAAAAGAGGGCCCACAUGAGGAAGAGAUGGAGCCCCUCAGCAAGGAGGAAGGUGGGGAGCCACCCAUGGAGAAGGAGGAGGAGGACCUCAGUGAGGAGGAGGAGAGCCGAAGUAAGGAGGAGAGUCUGAGUGAAGAGGAAGAGAGCCUGAGUGAGGAGAAUCUGAGUGCAGAAGAGGAGAGCCUGAGUGAGGAGGAAGAGGGCCUGAGUGAGAAGAGUCUGAGUGAGAAGGAAGAGGAGGGCCUAGGUGAGGAGAAACAUCUGAAUGAAAAAGAGAAGAGUCUGAGGGAGAAGAAGAGGAGUCUGAGUCAGGAGAAGAAGCUGAGUGAGGAGGAGGGGGAGAGGCUGAGUGAGAAAGAGGAGAGCCUGAGUGAGGAGGAAGAGGGACUGAGUGAGGAGAAACAUCUGAAUGAAAAAGAGAAGAGUCUGAGGGAGAAGAAGAGGAGUCUGAGUCAGGAGAAGAAGCUGAGUGAGGAGGAGGGGGAGAGGCUGAGUGAGAAAGAGGAGAGCCUGAGUGAGGAGGAAGAGGGACUGAGUGAGAAGAGGCUGAGCGAGGAGGAGAAGCAUCUGAGUGAGAAGAGUCUGAGUGAAAAAGAGAAGAGUCUGAGUAAGAAAGAGAAGGCUCCGAGUGAGAAGGAGAAGAGUCUGAGUGAGAAAGAGGAGGAAGAAGAAAAAAUGGAGAAGACAGAGAAAAAAGAGGAGGAAAAGAAGGCAAGACAGAAGGAUGAGAAGAGUAUGAGUAAAGAGAAGGAACAGCUGAGAAGACUUACAGAGGCAAUGCUCUCAGUAAAGCAGAGAGUGUGGAAAACAGAGCUCCCAAAGGAAGGAGUGAACUUAUUGAAGCCAGAGACAGUAAGUGAGGUUCUUGCUGGGAAAAGGGAGGACAUAGCUAAAGAAGAAGUGGCUCCUAAAAAACACACAUUGUUUUAUGGACAGGUAAGUCCCACCGUUAGUGAUAAGAUUAUGUGGCCAACAAUUAUGAAGAGCCCCCUCAAAACACCAUUUCCUGUAGCCCUGGGAAAAGAAAAGGGAAUGCUCCUGAAAGUGUUAGGGCAUCAUUUCGAUUUGGAAGGACAGGAAAGUCAACUUCUUAAAGCACACCCCAUGACAACAUCAUGGGGAAGACGAGAGGAUGUGCUCUUGGAGAAAGGCAAGGGCAUGUUUUUACAAGUCAUGGGGAUGGAGACUCAGACCCCAAAAGGCCUCCACAAGCCAAAGUCCCGCUUACCUGAAAUUAUCAGAGAAUCACAGAAACCUAAACACAGGACAAGAGACGGCACGUGGAAGUUGUUUUUAAAGUCUCAGGAUUCUCAAAAGGGCAAGACUGAGGGCCAGGCCCCUGCCCCAACCCCAACCCCAACCCUAGGUCCAGCCCCAGCCCUGUACCCAUCCCUUACCUCUAUGCCAGCUAAAAGGCUUGAUUCCCCAGAUGGGGACUGGAUUAGUAAUGCCUUAAUAAGACUGGAAGCCGGAGAACAACUUUCAAGGGACAGUUUCCAUAGACUGAGCCAACUCCUCAAGCACCUCACUUCAAAGGGAUAUUUGAAACAGACCCAUCUGUACAGUCUUAAAGCUGUGGCUAAACGCCUCCAGCAGAACCUACAGGUAGGUCACAGAGAUAUAUCACGAUGUUAUAAAGAUGCUUUGAGCCCAGUAUACAUAAAAGCGAUCCCUCCAAUCAGAAGGAAAGAAAUGGAGAGCUGGGGAGAGUCAUUCCCUAUCCAUGAGCCAGUGUUACUGUCAGCUACUAACAGGACUCAGACCACACAGGAUCUCAGUUGGCAUCCCUUAGCUGAGUCCUAUAGGAAGGAGCAGGUACUGCAGUUAUCCACUGCUGUCAAGAAGUUAAAGCACCUUUAUCAAACCAGAAAGGAUGUUCCUACAGCCGUCUACCCCUCUGUGGAUAAAGAGGCCUUGGACAUCCGAGCCUUGGGGAGAAGUGAGCUCCCCACAUUUCACAAGGCAAAGGCCCAGCCCAUCCCUACACCAGCAUUACCAUCAAUGACCUACAGGGUUCAAGACCCAAAGGCUCUAACUUGGCUUCUUUUAGGAAAGCCUUACAGGAGUGCACGGGCACAGCAAUUAUCCCAUGUUCUCCAAGAGAUGGGAAUGCAACACUUUCAUCCUGCCACAAGAGACAUUUUCACAGGUGCCCAUGCUUCUGUGGAAAAACAAACUCUAGCACUGAUGUUUCAGAAUGAUCUCAGGGCUCUGAAGGGUGAAGGCAGGGCCCUCAAGCUGCCCCAGCUGGAAAAGAAGGCACAAUCUGUCUCUAAAGACAAGGAAGAGCUCCCCCAAUGGGAGACGUUUGUGGCCUUAUACCAUGUUCUGCGGAUGUUGCAGAAGCAAUAUGCAAGAGACAGUGCUGCGUGGAUGGAACAGUUCAAACGUCUCAUGGACUUGUACCAGCUCAAGUCCCCCCGAAUCCAGAGGCUGCUACUGGAGUUGCUGCAGAGAAAGAGACUCCAACCACAACAGACCAUCUAUGAAGAGGCUGCAAGGAUCAAGGAGCUGGUGCCUGGACAACGGUUACUCUGUGACCUGAUGUGUGGUAGUUCUUAUGCCCCUGCAGGUCCCCUUGAAUUCCAGAAUGUUGUACCCUUGCCUGGGCAGAACAGAGUGCAUACUAUCCAACCCACGGGCAUUGCCCAGUAUGGAUUCUUAGAACUUGCCUGGAAAAGGCUACCAAAAGCCAAUCCUUACCGUAGGGAGAGGCUGCCCAACAUCCCUACCCCCACUCUCUGAUUUGGUUAACUAUUAAGACUCUGGGGUCUUACUGGAAAAUAAGACCCGGCCACAGGUUUUAAGCCUCCUUACCUGGUACCCACUUUAAGGUGAGGCUCGACAUGGACUCCUUUUCAUUCAGCUCCAGAAACCUAUUAAUACAUACUAAAUAAAAUGACAUUUCUCAUUUGUAACAAAUUUGUUGUUACUCAGUUGCUAAGUUGUGUCCGACUC